CAACCAGACUUUGUAGGCGAUUUCUGCAAAGCCAUUGCAGCUCGCGUGCGUGGCAUCGUGGCCUCAGUCAACUUUGACAGAUUUCACAAAAACUCGGCUUCUCUAAUCAGACAGUCUGUUUUUGGUGUCGAUGCGGAGGGCAAAAUUAGAGACAGGCUUGUAUUUCCUCAGAAUAACCUAGUAGUGACAAGUGUGGACGUACAGGCUGUUGAACCGGUAGAUCAGCGCACACGAGAUGCCCUUCAGAAGUCUGUUCAGCUGGCGAUCGAGAUCACGAGCAAUUCUCAAGAGGCCGCCGCCAGGCAGGAGGCUGAGCGACUGGACCAGGAAGCUCGCGGCAAGUUAGAACGCCAGCGUAUUGAGGAUGAGGCAAAAGCCGAGGAGGCCCGACGUGGUCUGCUGGAACUACAGGUACAAUUGGCUGCUUUGGAGAGCACCGGUCAGGCCAAGGCAGAAGCUCAGAGUCGUGUGGAUGCUGCUCUUAUCAGCACUCAGGCGGAGGACGCGGAGCUGGAACGUUUGAAGAUAGCUCGUGAGGCGGAGCUGGAUUAUAUACAAAAGAAGAACCAACUGGAGCUUGAGCACAAGAAGCAGGAUGCCACCCUCAUUACAGACGGUCGGACGCCAGUGAACCUGUUGGACGCUACCUCAGGUUUGAUUGGUCAGGCCAGGAGUGCUGUUCACGUCCCACAGCCCGAGGGCCAGGUUGCUCUACCAGAACCCACCACUGAAGAGGCGGACGAUGACGCGUAG